AGCUGUUCCUUCUUUCUCCCUUUUGUUUGCCUAUAUUUACUGGCAACAACUCCUGCUUCUCUCUCUAGGCUGCGUUGAAUACGAAAACCUGUCUCUCGACUUACCCUAAAUCAUGCUCCAGGAACUGUAAAAUUGAGAAAGUCAAUACAGUCACGUCUCUCUUGGACAUUUUCAUGCCAUAUCUUUAGUAAGGCAUAUGGUAUUUUGGCAGCAACAGCAAUUUGAAGUCUGGCAUGAUAUUCCCUGUUGCCCCCGUUGCAUCAGAUACGACAAAGGUGGAUCUGUGACAUUGAUGUCCCAUUCAUAUGAUUUCUGCAUGUACUGUGAGAGGACAUCUGACAUUUUGAUUGUGUUUUGUGUUUCUUAUCUAAUGGCAAAAAUGCAAGUCAGAUAUAAAUUUCAGUGUUAAAUGGUCUUUCAGAGCUUUUAAUUUUACUAAUUUGAGUAUGUUGAUUCUUGACCAUUCUUGCACGACAUUUGAGCAAGUUGUACAUUCUGUGUCCCUGUACAUGAAGUCCCUACUUAAAAAAGCCAGGUUACAAAGGAUUGUUUUGAAAUUUUCCAAAAUGGUGGAAAGAGACGCACAAUACAGGCGCAUAUCGGUUAACUUUCUCGUGAAUUUAAACCGAAAAAAUAUGUACUUUUGUACUGCUGAGGAACUGAAUUUCUACACAAGGAAAACAGUGAAAUACGCCUAAAGAAACUGCGACAACAGGAGAAGGUUUUGCGAGAUCGUGGAAGCACGAUUCCUUUCUAGGAGGCUUAACAUCGUACAUUUCAAGGGAGGAUGUUUUGGACAAAUACAGGAUAUUGGAAUGAAGGAUAGAACACAAAAUAGUCCCAUUACGCGGCGGUAUAAAUGCACUUGGAACUUCAAUGGAGGUCUGGUCGUUUCUUUCAUUGGCAUUUUGGUAUCGAUAUCUGCCAAAUACUCUGGAAAAUAAUACGAGAUCGGGGAAAUAACCAUAGCACCUCCAGAUUCCCGCACUCAAGUCUACCGACUGUUUUACAUGCUGUCAUCAUGCUGCACUACCACAGCUGUAUAUGGCAAGACCAUGGUUUUGAUCCUUCAUAUCUUACCAGUUGCCACAAUUCGGUUUAUUGGCUUCAACUUGUGAUACUACCCCAUGUCCAACAACUCCUUCAUAGUGAGAGAGAUAUUUUAUGCAGUCAGCUAGACUCAUGGCUCAUGGACUCAUGGCUCAUGGACUCAUGGAAGGAGAGCUGGUUGGCUAAUAAUGAGCCCCCCUCAGUCUGGUUUAGAUACUUGGAUGACACUCUCCAUAUUCGACAGUAAAGACACCGCUUCCAGAUUUCUACAUUUUCUUAACAGCAGACUUCUCAACAUCAAAUUCACCACGGAACUUGAAGAGAACCGAGAGAUUCCAUUCUUGGAUGUCUGUAUCAAGCGUGAUCACAACACAAUUUCAACUACUGUACACCACAAAAAGACUUUCACCGGUCUCUACACCAAGUGGGACUCCUUUACUCCCAGAAAGUAUAAGAUCAAUCUAAUCGGAACACUUACCUAUCGUUGCUUACGCAUCAGUUCAGAGUCCACUUUAUUGCAGUCGACUCUAUCUGAUCUGAAGAAUUCCUUGCUUCAAAAUGGUUAUCCGAUAGACAUAAUUAACUAUAACGUUAAUGAUGUAUUGACCAAACAUAAGGACAGGCCUUCAGAACAUACUCUCACAGUUCCCAAGAAAGAUGUAAUUCUUGUUUUACCUUAUUUAGGUUUCCAUAGUGAUGCUCUUACACGCCAAUUAAAAUCUUGUGCCAAUAGGUUUUAUCGUCUCAUCAUCCUCAGGGUUAUUUUUCAGAACACUUGCAAAGUCUUUCUUUUUCCUUACAAAGAUCGUUUCAACCGCUCACAGAAAUCAAAGAUUGUCUACAAAGCCAGUUUCUCUUGGCUGGGACUGUGAUGCUUUCUAUAUUGGUAAAACCAAAAGAAGAUUGCAUGACAGAAAGACGGAGCACUUCAAAGCUCUCACUAAACUUGGUCACGCUUCCGCUGUUGCUGAUCAUUCAACUUCUACUGCUCAGAACAUUAAAUGGGACUUCGAGAUCCUAACAAGUAGGCAAUGUGAUUUAUAGUGUAAAAUCCAGGACACAUUGUUAAUACGGGACUUAAAACUCGCCCUAAAUGAAAACGUCGGUAGUGAAAAACUCUUUCUUUAUUAAUUCACACCGGAUGUAGUUUCUUUUGUUCAUUGUUGUCUAGCUAGUUACCAAUAACCCGCUUUAAUUUUAGUCUUUUUAAAUUCUGUCAUAUUUUGUAACCGUCACUUCUGAAGAUGUGUGUUGUAACAUGCAAAACGUCAAGUUGAAUAUACCAUGCGUAAUCUAUUUGUUA